UGUAUGUUCUUAAUUAGAGUCCGACUCCCAUGCCAUGUUCCACAGCAAGAAGACCCUGAAUCCUGCAGUUAUCUGUCAGUAUUCUUUUGUUUUCCAUAGGUACACAUAAUUGUUAGCCCUUUUAGAUCCCCGUGCUGCAUGACAUUACUGUUAAUGGGCAUCGUCGUGUAUCUUGGGGUGAUGUCGAACAAUCAAUGCAUUUCCCACUGUUCCGACACUCCCUCGCAAGAAACCCUUCUUGCCUCAGGGUCUCAUACCCUCGCUGAUAUACGAUCUCGGGGCCUUGAGAAAGAGCGAUCCAUCCGGUACUUCUGCGCUUUCCGGCUCCGCACCUUUGGGCUGUGUGUUAUAAAAGUGCAGACAAAUAAAGACGAAGCUUUCAACUUACAAGUCCGCUAUGAGGAUACCGCGGUGCUUCCAUCCUUAUCCUGUACGCAACUCUAGAUAUGCUGCAAAAGCC